AUGAGCGAACGUGUAGAUUAUCACAUAGAUGGUCAUUUUUUCAUCAUUAAGUUGAAUGAUCCAAAACAUUUAAAUUCCUUGACAUUCGAAGAUUUCAUCUACAUUGCCCUGCUAUUACAGAAGGCAAAUACCAUUGAUUCUGUUUUAUUCACAGUUCUACAAAGCUCAGGCAAAUAUUUCUCCUCAGGGGGAAAAUUUUCGGCGGUAAAUGAGUUAAAUGGGGAAGAAGGUGGGAAUGAAGUGGAGAAAACUUCAAAGCUGGUAUCCGCUAUAAGCUCUCCUAAUGUGUUUGUCGCAAAUGCAUUUGCAACACAUAAAAAGAUUUUGAUAUGCUUCUUGAAUGGGCCUGCCAUUGGCCUUAGCGCGUCGUUGGUGGCCCUUUGUGAUAUAGUUUAUUCCCAGAAUGAUUCAGUAUUUCUUCUUUUCCCCUUCACGAAUCUUGGUUUUGUUGCGGAAGUGGGCGCUUCAGUCACUUUGAUUCAAAAACUUGGAAUUAACUCUGCCAAUGAACAUAUGAUUUUUAGCUCACCGAUUUCAUUCAAGGAGUUACUAGGAACGAUCGUAACUAAGAAUUACCAGUUAAACGACACUGAAACCUUCAACAAAAAUGUUCUUGAAGAUCUAAAACAAAAUGUUAGGUGGCUUUAUCCGAAAAGUAUAUUGGGUAUGAAGGACUUGCUGCACAAUCAAAUGAAGCAAGAACUCAUCAAAUCUCAGGCAAUGGAGACCAACGGCACCUUACCUUUUUGGGCAAGUGGUGAACCAUUCAAAAGAUUUCAGCAACUUCAAAAGGGAAAUAGGCGUCACAAGCUAUAG